AAAUCAAGGUCUAUAUAUAUAGUCUAACUUCACUAUUUAGUUUGUGGGCAAAGGGAGGACCAGAAGAAUACUAAAAGAAAAGAAAAUAAUGGGUGAAGUUGUUGAUGCAAACUCUACUCCUGUGACACCAAGACCAGCCUCAGUGGCACCAACGCCACCGAUAUCAGCUCCUCCGUCGCAAUUUCAUUCACCGUCGUUGUCUAGAUCACCUUUGCUCACACCUGAUCAUAUUGUUCCAAGCAAAACCCCCAAAAACUCAACCCCAAGAAAUGCAACCCCAAGAAAUAGAACACCUCGCUUUAUUACCCCUAUAGGUAGUCCUAUUAGAAGGGCUCUCAAGCUCACUAGACUAGACCCUGAAGAUGCUUGGCUUCCUAUCACCGAGUCCCGAAAUGGAAACGCGUGGUAUGCAGCGUUUCAUUGCCUUUGCUCAGGAAUUGGUUUUCAAGCACUUGUGCUCCCUGUCGCCUUCACUGUCCUUGGCUGGGCAUGGGGGAUCAUAGCCUUGACUGUUGCUUUCGCAUGGCAGCUUUACACCCUUUAUUUACUUGUGCAACUCCAUGAAAACACUGAAACUGGCGUUCGCUACAGCAGAUAUCUUCAAAUUAUGAGUGCAAAUUUCGGUGAGAAGAAAGCAAAGUGGCUGGGCCUGUUCCCAAUAUUGUACCUAUCAAUAGGCACAUGUGUGGCUCUAAACAUAAUUGGAGGAUCAACAUCAAAAUUAUUUUUCCAGACUGUAUGCGGUCAAUCAUGCACAGUCAAAACAUUAACACCAGUGGAAUGGUACCUGGUGUUUGCUAGUGCUGCAGUUCUUCUGUCUCAGCUGCCAAACUUGAACUCAAUAGCUGGUGUCUCCCUAAUCGGAUCCAUCACGGCUGUUAUGUACUGCACAAUUAUGUGGAUGGUUUCUGUUAACAAGGACAGGCUACCUGGAAUUUCAUACAAACCAGUUCGCGGACCAAAGGAGGUUGAUAGGCUUUUUGAAGUUCUUAACGCACUUGGCAUUGUUGCUUUUGCAUUUAGAGGCCACAAUCUUAUACUUGAGAUCCAGGCUACUAUGCCUUCAAGUGAGAAGCAUCCAUCUCGUGUGCCAAUGUGGAGGGGUGCCAAGGCUGCUUAUACAGUUAUUGCAGCAUGUAUAUUCCCCCUUGCAAUUGGAGGCUUCUGGGCAUACGGUCAAAGGAUACCAAAAAAUGGUGGUUUGCAAUCUGCCUUCUAUGCAUACCGAAGGAGAGACACCUCACAAUUUAUCAUGGGACUCGUUAGUUUACUUAUCAUAGUAAAUGCUCUUAGCUCAUUCCAAAUCUACGCCAUGCCAAUGUUUGAUGAGUUAGAGUCAAUUUUCACUAAGAGGAUGAAGAGGCCAUGCCAAUGGUGGCUCCGAGUGAUUUUGAGGGCGUUCUUCGGGUAUGGGGUCUUCUUUUUGGCCGUCGCAAUCCCAUCUAUUGGAAGUGUAGGUGGUCUAGUCGGAGGAAUAUCACUGCCAGUCACAUUGGCUUAUCCAUGCUUCAUGUGGCUUAAGAUGAGGAAACCGAACAAGUAUAGCAAGAUGUGGUACCUUAACUGGGGACUAGGAAUCAUUGGUUUGAUUCUUAGCGUGUGUUUGAUGGCUGCUGGAGUAUAUGUUAUCAAAGAGAAUGAUAAUAAAUUCCAGUGGUUCAAGCCUAAGUAAUUGAAUAAAUAUGUAACGUCGAAAGGAGGGAUUUUCAUAUAUAAUUAUUUUUUAUAUAUAUGUAAUUGUGAAAUUUGUUUGCAGGAAAGCAAAUAAAUAGCCCAAAAAUAAAAAGAUUUGCUUGUAACAUAACCGUUUUGCAAUACAUGAUUCAUUUUCUCUUC